AUGGAUAGAUUAGAGGACGAUAAAGAGGUAUUUGGUAAAAGAAUGUACUGUGAAAGUUGCAAGUGCCGCAGAGAUGGAAAGUUUUGUCUCGAAUGUGGGACAAAAACCAUUGACGUAGAAACAUGCUCAAGUUGUGAUGAGCAACUUACAUCAGGUCACAUGUACUGUGGUAAAUGUGGCAAAAAAUGCGUACCAGGUGAUACUAAAGAAAAAUCUUCAGUGGAGCAGGCAGGACCAUCUGGAGUGUCAAGUCAUAGAGAUUUGCAGACAGAUAAAAGAGUAAACACCGCCAUAAACUUCCUGAAAAGAAAGUAUAGCAAGGGAGAUACUAAUGUUGAGGAUGGAAAAAAAGUAGUUGAUCUGACAAAAGAUGAUGGUAGAAAAGAGGUUAAAGGAGCUAAAGGAAGGAAUGACAUUGCAGAAGAUAAGGUAGAAGAAGAUGAUAAUGAAGAAGAAUUGCCUGAAAUACCAAGUUUAAGAAAGGUGAAAGAUGUUGAUGUUAGUGAAGAAGAAGAUGAGGAUGGAGAAGGAGGAAUCCAUGCAUCACCAGCUUUAAGAAAGGUGACAGGAGAAAGAGCAUUAAAUGAUUAUGAAGAAGAUGAUGAGGAAAGUUUGCCUGAGAUAGCAAAUUUAAGAAAGAGGAGGCGGGAAAACAUUGUUGAGGAUAGAGAAGAUUUGGAGGCAGAUAUCACUGUAGAAGAUCAGGAUGAUGAGAUGGAAGACAGCAGUUUAGAAAUGCAGCUUUAUAUACAGAGGCAGAACAGACUGCAGGAAAGAAAAGUUAUGGCAAUGGAGAGACUACAGCAAAAAAGUUGCGAAGAGGGGGAGAAUGUGGUUGUUGUUUUCUACGAAAACAGACAGAGGAAGGGGUAUUGUAUACAAAUUACCCAGAAUGAUACAGUGCAAGACUUAUUUGACAAAAUUUGUUCGUGCAUAAGUCCUGAGGAGCUAGCACCCAAAUUUUUCCUCCAAACCGAUGAGGGGGAGAAAGUUGAUCUUUUUUGGAGGGGAAGUGUAAAGAGUCUGGCAAAGGUUAAGCUCAUAGAGGAGGAAUAUCUUGGAAAUGAAACGAUAACAAACAUGGAAGAAGUAGUUUUUGAUGUUUGAUGUUGUGAUCUUUGAGAAAAUGUAUUAUUAUUUAUAAUGUAUUUUUUCUUCUGAUAUGGGUAGUUGUUUUUUUAUUUUUUAGCUCACCAGAACCAAAGGUUCAGGGUGAGCUAUUAGUAUCAAAGGGGGAUGGUCCAUCUUUUUGUCAUCAUGCGUCAACAAUCGUCUUCCUCUCUGAAACAGCUGGGAAGAUUUAUUAGUCCCCUACCGGUUUAACCGGAGGGGACUUUAGGUUUACCCUCCGUCUGUCUGUUCGUCUGUCUGUCUGUCCGUCUGUCUGUCUGUCAGUCCGUCCGUCCACAAAACUGGAUCCCGCGAUAACGCAAAAAGUACUGAAAAUAUUUUUAUGAAACUUGAUAUAUGGAUAGAUGGCAGUAUGGAGAUUAUGCACGUCUUUUUUUUUUUCUUCCUAUGUUGAAAAUUCUGGUUGCUAUGGCAACAAAUAGUCUGAAAAUAUGGCAAAUUUAACACAUAAACUGGAUCCAGUGAUAACUCAAAAAGUACUGAAAAUAUUUUUAUGAAACUUGAAAUAUGGGUAGAUGGCAGUCUGGAGAUUAUGCACAUCUUUUUCUUUUCUUCCUAUGUUGAAAAUUCUGGUUGCUAUGGCAACAAAUAGGCUGAAUUUCAAGAUUUCUGAUUUAAAUUUUUCAUGUUUUUCACUAUAUGUUCUUUAUUUCUUAAGGUGUUUACUUCAAACUUUAAAUAUAAGUUUCUGGUCAUCAACCACAUCAUAUGUGACAAGGUUUAUAACUCUAGCACAAAAAAUAUCAGUAUUACCUCCCUUGAACUUAGAUUUUUUAGGGGAAAAAAUGUUGUCUUUUUUAAAUAACUUCUUUAUUUCCUAAUGUAUCUACUUCAAACUUCAUAUAUAUGUUUCUUAUUAUCACGCGACAUUUAUGAGAAGGUUAAAUACUCUAGCAAGACUAUUUCCAGAAUUAUGUCCCCCUUGAACUUAGAUUUUUUUCGAGAAACUGGUAUUUUCACUCCAACUUCUUCAUUCCUUAUAGGAUUUACUUUAAAAUCCCACAUCGUAAUAAUAUGACAAGGUUGUAUAAACAUAAUUUCCUUACUAAGCAUGGAAACUUAACACAUUACUGUGAUAUAGACAAACUUAUUUUAUUAUGUUUUGUGGUCGAUAUUUUCAAAUACAGACUUCAUCCUCAAAUUCAUUAUAAAUGGCAAUACACAGGAGUGUAUGACAAUUAAAGAACUUUUUGAGGGACCGGUAGGGGACUACUGUAUUGCCCGCAAUACUAUCAAAUGCUUGUUUUUAUUUUGGUCUGUAGUAUCCUUGUGACAGUCACACUUGAAUUUGCUUAUGUCAUUUCAAUUGGCCCCUUUUAUGGGUCAACAGAGCUAAAAAUAGAAAAAUCUUUAAACAUCUUCUUCUACAGAACUAAAAGAUGGAUGAUCACCAAACUUUGUCUGUAGCAUUCUUAGGUAGUCUUUUAUCAAGUUUGCUCAUAUUAAUUUGAUUGGUCCAGUUUAAACUAAAGCUUAAAUGCCCCAGGUCAUGGUAUAUUUUAAAAUUAUUGUUUAAACAUAUUCUAUGCUCAAAUUUAAUAUUAGAAAAUAUAGACAAUGGAUAAUUUCCAACACUGAAAAGCAGUUGUUUCUGGUGAGUGACUCACAGCCAUCAUGGCCCACUUGUUUUGUUUUUUGUUCUUCUAUAAAUCUCAUUGUAAGAUGUUAUUAAUAAAAUUUAUUAAUAUAAAUACUUAGUUUGUUUAAUUUGCUUGUAUUUACAUUGAAUACAUAUCCUUAAAUAAAAACUGCCAUAAAAAUGUUUGUAGAUAGAUGAGAAGUCUUAAUCUAGCUCCUUAUGUGAGAUCUGUUUGGUUUUAUAAUUAUGUAUUUCAUAUUCAUGAACAACCACAUCUUAAAGUGGCAACAUUAAUUUAUGCUAGUGUUUGCUUUUAUCUUGACUAUACGAAGUAUAUGGUGUCCAGAUUUCAUUAAUUUUGGUACAGUAAAAUAUUUUUUUGGAUAAAAUGUUCAAUUCUUAAGGUGUCAACUUCAAAUGUAUGUUCCUUAUCAUUAACCACAUGAUGUGUAACAAGAUUCAUAACUCUAGCACACAUUUUCUUUUUCAAAAUUAUUC